AUGAAUACAUCAUGUCUAUAUUUUGUGUGUGAUUUGACCAGCACUGAGCUUGAUGCAUUUAUUGGGAUUCUUUUAGCUGGUGGUGUUUCGCACAAUAAUAUGCAAGAUUCAUCAGUGUUGUGGCGUUCUGAUGCCUUACCUAUAUUCCGAGCAGCUAUGUCUUAUAAGCGUUUCCUUGCCUUAUCACGAUAUAUACGUUUUGAUGAUGGUCGCACGCGUGAGUUCCGUCAAAGAUCAGAUAAAGCUGCCCCUAUUCGCGAUAUAUGGAAUUUCUUGAACGAGAACCUCGCAAAAAACUAUGAACCACAUGAGACGAUAACUGUAGACGAACAACUCUUUCCUUAUCGGGGUAAGACUAAAUUUACUCAGUUUAUACCGUCAAAACCAGCAAAAUAUGGAAUUAAAAUUUGGUGGGCAUAUGAUUCAAAAACAAAAUAUCCUUUGGAAGGAAAACUUUACACUGGCAGAGGCGAAGGAGAGGAGCGUGAAUCAAAUCAAGGGCAGAAUGUUUUGCUACAACUUGCAAAUCGGUACAGUAAUACCGGUCGAACUCUAGUAGCUGACAAUUUUUUUACCACUUUGGAAGGCACGAAGCGACUUGCUGGUAUUGGGCUUGCAUUUGUUGGCACAGUUCGAUCAAAUAAAAGAUUUUUACCAGAAGAAAUGAAGAAGAAUUCUUCGCGUCCUUUACUUUCUUCUCUUUUUGGGUUUCAUGAAAACUUGGUAUCAGUGUGUAGCUAUGUGCCAAAAAAGAACAAGGCUGUAAAUUUACUUUCAACAGUUCAUUACUCAAAAGAUUGUAGAGGCGAAGCGAUGAAACCGGAAGCGAUUCUUUUGUAUAAUUCAAACAAGGCAGGCGUCGAUUGCAUGGAUCAAAUGGUUACCCAUUUCACUUCAAAACGACCAACCAGACGAUGGACAUAUGCUUUUUUUGCUACAUGUUAG